AUGACGAUGUCGGUUAUUUUGAUGUUAUUUACUGUCUCACGAGUGAUUGCUUUCCCGACAUUCGACUAUCUGUCAGAUGAGCUUAAGGCAGCAAAUGAGCUUAGCAGCAAUUGUGCUGUAGCCGCAUAUAAUGAUUGUACUGAGGAACCUAUCAAUCGACUCAUGGAAUUGAUUUUAUCGCCGGAUAAUCAAGAAACAUUUACACCAGAAUUGAUCAAAGACCUUCGCCAACAGUGUAUUGAUAUUGGUAAAUGCAUUAAACAAUUCGAUUGUGAGGAAGAUUACGAGGAAGACUAUCUCGAAGCUUGCCACAAAUUCGAUAUACUGGAUAGCCCGCUUGCGAGUUGCCUCAUGAAUGUACUUCAAUUGAAAUAG